AAGACACCUAAUGAACAUAGAGAUUGUAACUCAAAUAUAAAAUUAAAAAAACAAAAAAAAACAACAAUUUUCCCGACUUUGACGGAAGUAGAACAAAAUGGCGGCACCCAAAAUGGCGGCGCAUAGAUGAGAGGAAAAUUUUUCAGCUACACCACUUUGCCCCAUUCGGCACACCUUUGUUAUAUUCGCCUACACAUUGCCGGACUGAAGACAACAUUACAAGUUUUAGAUGAAGAACUUCCUCGAGAAGAGAACAGUAUCAGCAAUAGACAACAGCUUGUAAAGGAACUACACAUUGAGAAAAUAAUGAAGAAAAAUAAGGAACAAACAAAGCCUUUAAAGGCUAUUCUGGAAGUGAUUGCACAAUAUCUGUUGUCAACAAAAAACAAUCAAAGUUUGAAGAACGGAGAAGCUGAAAUUGUAAAAUCACAGUCAGCAAGUGUUUCAAGAUCAUCUCUACAUUCUGGCUACUCAUCAAGAACACAGUAUCCUACCAUAUCAAAGGAAGAUACAGAUAUCGGGUUUGAUGGGUUUCCAGCUUCUCAACAAAAUGAUGAAGAUGAUUUACUGAAACCUGAUCCAAAUUUCUCAUAUCCUGUACAGAAACGAAAACCCAAAAAUACUCCAGUUAUGCUUAGUAAGAAAGCCCCACAGAAGUCGAGUAACUCUGACCUUGUGAUAGAAGACAGUCACGAGGGUGAGACAGUUUUAGGGGAUGGUAGAUCAGGAGUUCUUCAGUUGGAGGAGGAGGAGGAUCAGUUACCAACUCGGACUGUUCAGUCACGUCCCCGCAGUGCAGCAAAACCACGAUCUCUUGGCAUGUCGGGUCCUAUCACUAGUAAUGAGGAUCUUUCUAGACGAAAAUUUCAGAAACCACGACCUACAUCAGCUACUAAAAACCAAAGACUAAAUUUGUUUGAAAAUGAUACACCCAAAAUAUCUAGUCUAGACAACAGUAGUGUCAAAACAGUUCCAAAACCAACAGUUAUAAACUCAAAACCCUUACAGAGCACAAACUCUGACUCACCUGGUGUAAAAACUGUAGACAAAAAUAGUUCAAACAUUGAAGAAAUAGAGACACUGAUAUCAAGUGACAGGAAGAAAUCUAUACAAGAUGUGUUAGAUUUAGAAAGAGAAGGUCAGAGGCCUCCAACAGCAACUCGCAGACAGUCUUCUGUGGAAAAAGAAACAAAACAUUAUAGUGUAAAUUCUUCAAGCAUAGCUGCCAAAGGAAAGAAAACUAGUAGUUCUGGUUUAGGAAGUCAAACGUCAUCGUCAGGUUCCAUAAAAGUGGGUGACCUUGAAAUGGGUGAAGUAGAUGGUUUGGAUGAUGAUCUUGCAAGUUUAAAUGUUGGUCCUCGUGUCAUGUCAGCAAAGAUAAACAAAAGCCAGCAUAACUGUAAACCUAUAGAUGUAAAAACUGCUGUGGCCUUAAAAAUGCUUAUAUUUGGAACACCAAUGCAGAGUUUCAAUGAUGAAUGGAAGUUUCAGAGUUUCAGUUUUUGUGAUAUGCCAAAACUUAAAUAUGGCAUUGUACAGAAAAAGGGAGGCCCAUGUGGUGUUCUAGCCAGUGUUCAAGCAUGUGUGUUACAGGAACUGUUGUUUGGUGAGAAGAAAAUUGCUCCUCAGAAAUUUAAUGAGCCUUCGUGUGAGGAUAGAACUGAGGCAUUAGCCAUUGCCCUUUCCAAAAUAUUCUGGAGAGCUGGUGAGAAGAGAAAAGCUGUGGUUUGUUUACCUUCUAGUCGACCUGUUAUAGGUAGUGGUGGAAAGUUUAGAGCAGAUGAAUUUAUAGAAACAUUAUCAUUAUAUACCUUUGUGGACAUUGAUGAUCUCACAAGCUUUAUGAAGCAAGUAUCCAACCAGUUUGAGUUGGAUGGUUUAGGGGGAGUGAUGCUGUCACUGUAUUCAGUAAUAUUGUCUAGGAAGGUAGAAUGUGUGAAAGAGGAUAUGGAUGUGCCAACAAAUAAAUUAAUGGGAGCUCAUGGUUACUGUACUCAGGAAAUGGUUAAUUUAUAUCUGUCAGGGAGAGCUGUCUCCAAUGUUUUCAAUGACGUGAUGGAGCUAGACUCUGGUGAAGGCAAUAUAAUGAUACUUAAAGGUGUUGUUUCUAGGUGUGAUGUCGGUCUCUUGUCUUUGUUUGAACAUUAUAAAUCUUGCCAGGUUGGAACUUACCUCAAGACACCGCGUUAUCCUAUCUGGGUAGUGUGCAGUGAAAGUCAUUUCAGCGUUUUAUUUUGUACAAAGAAAGAAUUAACCAGUGACUGGAAAGCAGAGAAAAGAUUUGAUCUGUAUUACUAUGACGGUCUUGCAAGGCAACAGGAGGAAAUCAAACUUACCAUAGUGAGUAACAGCAGAUCCUUUGUGCCACCAUCAGAAGAGGAGCUGGUUCCCCCAUUAGAUCACUGCAUUAGAACUAAAUGGGAGGGAGCGGAAGUAGACUGGAAUGGAACGGAGCCUUUGUUAUAGUCUCAGAUAGUGAUAGAAAAUAAGCUUCUGGAAGUUCAUAUAUUGGACUAUACAGGAUCAGCUGUGAAUUAGUCUGAAAAGUGCCUGUGAUAAAGACAUUGUGUUUAAAUAUUUUAAUAUUAAAUAUUAAUAUUUAUGAAAGCCGGAAAUGUACACAAAAUAAUUUAUUAAUUUAUACCUAGGAAUGAGUGACUGUAGCACUAGGUUUUGACACUAGGUCUUGGUCAGUGAGUUACUGAGAAGCUGUGCCUCAUAUUCCUUUCACUUUCUAGUUUUGUUAUGCCCCCUGAUACAGAUACAUGUAAUGUGGGCUAUCUUAGAGUCAUGGGGAUCUUAGUCUAUCCUUGCAUUCCAUUCCGCAAGUAUUACAUAAAAAAUUGGAUUUUCAAAUAACUGUAGAUAAAUGUCUUUUAUCACAUAAUAUGAUGAGAUAAACACAUGACCCAAGUCACAUGAUCUUUGUCAUGGUGUGAUCUUGGAGGUCAGUGGUCAAAAUGUCAUUAUAGUUAGUCUGUGGUUUAUUUUCUCAAGUGCUAGGAUUUUCAGAAAACUAGCAUCAAUUGUUUAUCUCAUAAAGGCAGGGUCCAAGGUAAUAUCCUUCCCUGUAUCAGUGUCUAGUGGGUAUUACUUUCAGUGGUAGCUCUAGUUUGAAGAACUUUCCAUAUCAAAUUACUAUAAUUUCAUUUCAUUCUGUGUUUAAGCUGAAUUCAUAUAUCGUUGAAGAGCUGUGGUUAUCCUGUAUCACAAAGGGGUGGGAUAUUUAAAAAAACUCAUUUUGUUUAUCAUGCUUGUCUGUCCAUGUUAUGUGUGCACCUAUAUUUUAUCUUCUCCAAAUUGAAGUUUUUCUUGAUACAUAUCAAAGCUGAAGUUAAUUAAAAGCAUGUAUAUAAUAUACUUAAAAAUCCAUCUCGGAAUACCACAUGCACUUUUUUUGCUCCCCAAAGAUGAUAAUGGUGAGCUAUUUGAUCACUCACAAUCUGUUUACAUUUUCUUCAGUCAACAUCUCCUCUGUCACAAUUUGAUGCUAGUUAAUGAAGUUUGUUCAUGGCGUUCAUGGUCCUCUAUAAAAUGGCUCUAUGGAAACUUAAAAAAUCCUUUCUCUGAAACAGCAGCCAGACCAGAGGCAGUUGUGCUUGGAUGAUCCAUGUUGUUAUACCUGGUUGAGUUGGUAACUCUGGUGGGCCAUCAUGGCCCUCUACCUAUAGCGGUAUCGUUCAUAUAUUCUGUUGUAUCUUUAUUUAUGUCUUCAUAUUAUACAUAUCAAGAUAAGCUUUGUAGAUGUGUUCACUAAAUUGCCAAAGAGGCCAAAUGUAACUGUUGGAUCUGAAAUAUUUGUUGAAUGUUUAGAAAUUAAAAUUUUCUGUGUGCAAUGUGAUUUAUCUUGUUUUGAUUAUCUAGAAUAUUGACAUAUAUACUGCAAAAUUCAAAGAUAUUGAUGUAACUGUUUUUAUCAAUACUCAAAAAUUUAGUGUUAAGGGCAUAAACGUUUCACUUUUAGCCUGCUUGCGGCAAGUGAUUCUGCCUUUGCGGCCAGUGCAGACCAAGAUCAGCCUGCACAUCCAUGCAGGCUAUUCAUGGUCUGCUCUGUUUGCUAUUCAGUCAGUAAAUUUUCAGUGAACACCCCUUUGAAUAAUAAGUGGUACUGCCCAAAUUGAAUGAUAGAACAGUCCACUUUAGAAAUUUAGCAGGCUAAAGGUUAAAGUCUGUCACUUCUGCCAGAAGUUUCAUAUUUCUAGCUAAUAUAUAAAAUGCAGUCUAUGUCACAUGUAAAAUGAUACAUUAUACAUUUUCAACCCAUGUCCUGUUUGGACAUUGAUGUAGACUUUCACAUGUGGCAUACAGUGAAGAUGUUAUUUAUGAAAAGAUUUAGUGGCUUGAUAAAUAUAUUUUGCAGCACAGUGAAAAAUAAAAUUCUAUGAAAUA